UUGCUGGGCUGGGAUUGCUGGGAUUGCUGGCAGUGCGCUCAUACUCGGCGCUGUACGGUAGGAGGUGCGCUGUGUGCGGCGGGGAUGGGGAGAUCUCCAGUCUCAGGAUUCGGGUGUCCGGUGCGGAUCGGUGAGGAUCGGGCGGAGGACUGAUUGGAGGGACUAUGCUGGGAAGGGGGACUUCUCCUUGCAGAGGAAUGGAUUGGUGUGACAUGGAAGGUGAUAUCUGGAGAACAGCCAUGCCAUAAGGUGAUCAGAACCUUUUGGACUAACAUGAGAAGACGGCAAUGUCACAGGGGCCAUGUCUACCAGUCUUCACCAGUCCAGUUAGAGAAACUUUGUUCCAAACAAUUUAAUCCGCAACCUCCAAAGAAUAAGAUAACGGACUGGAAAUUGGAGGAUCCUCCAAAAGUCUUCGACAGACCUUUUUCUCUGGGAGAGAUUCAUCUCAAAGAACAGACGUUUAUAAAGUGUUUCUAAGUGAAAUAAAAAAAGUACAAUACAGAGGAUUACAACAUACGAUAUAAACCUUGAAAAAAAAGCACAUUUUGCCAAAUAUAUGCUCCGCUACAACCAAACCUUUAUCAGGAAGCUACUCAACCCAAAAACACCUUCACAGGAGAAGGACAUUUCGUACGAUAAAUGUGAAAUGCUAAGACAUGCUAAGACAUGGUGUGCAAUGAAAUCUCUUCACAUCUGCAGAUCAUCGGAAUAACUUGGAAGUGCCCAGAGUAAAGGAAAACAUUUCAAAAUGAUUUUGGAGUUACUUUUUCUGAUCAAUCACAAGGACGAGGAAUGUAAACAUCACGUUGGCCGCGUUCUAAAUUUCGCAUGUUAAUCAGUGCCUGAAUGUGGAUUUUGGCCUGAAAAGCCCAUUUCCAGAACCUUAAAACAUAGGAAUCGUUUCUUGACUUAGAACUUUGGAGUCAUCGUUUCUUGACUUGGAACUUUGGAGUCAUCGUUUCUUGGCUUGGAACUUUGGAGUCAUCGUUUCUUGACUUGGAACUUUGGAGUCAUCAUUUCUUGACUUGGAACUUUGGAGUCAUCGUUUCUUGGCUUGGAACUUUGGAGUCAUCGUUUCUUGACUUGGAACUUUGGAGUCAUCAUUUCUUGACUUGGAACUUUGGAGUCAUCGUUUCUUGACUUGGAACUUUGGAGUCAUCAUUUCUUGGCUUGGAACUUUGGAGUCAUCAUUUCUUGACUUGGAACUUUGGAGUCAUCAUUUGUUGACUUGGAACUUUGGAGUCAUCAUUUCUUGACUUGGAACUUUGGAGUCAUCGUUUCUUGACUUGGAACUUUGGAGUCAUCAUUUCUUGGCUUGGAACUUUGGAGUCAUCGUUUCUUGACUUGGAACUUUGGAGUCAUCGUUUCUUGACUUGGAACUUUGGAGUCAUCAUUUCUUGACUAGGAACUUUGGAGUCAUAAUUUCUUGACUUGGAACAUUGGAGUCAUCGUUUCUUGACUUGGAACUUUGGGAAAUCAUUGUUUUCUUUAAAGAGACUUGACUCAACUUGAUCAUGGUCCUAUUUAAUCAGAACAACACAGUAGAAUCGAUCCCUCUUUGCCUAAACUGCACUCACCAGACGCCCACCAAUAGCAUCUCCAAGACCAUCAUCAUCGGAGUUAUCUUCGGGGUCUUCAUCACCUUCGGUGUUCUUGGAAACAUCCUGGUCAUACUUUCAGUCGUCUGCCACCGGCACCUCCAAACCGUGACCCAUUAUUUCAUCGUCAACCUUGCCGUAGCAGACCUUCUCUUGAUGUCCAUGGUUCUUCCAUUCUCCGCCACCUUUGAGAUCCAAGGAUACUGGCUGUUUGGACGCAUUUUCUGCAACAUCUGGGCCGCGGUCGAUGUCCUUUGUUGUACGGCUUCCAUAAUGAGCUUAUGUGUCAUAUCUAUUGACCGCUAUAUAGGGGUUAGCUAUCCGCUGAGGUACCCCAGCAUUAUGACUGAAAGAAGAGGUCUUCUCGCUCUACUCUGCGUGUGGGCCUUGUCCUUCGUGAUCUCCAUUGGACCUUUAUUCGGCUGGAAGGAGCCGGCGCCGGAUGAUGAGACCAUCUGUGAAAUCACAGAAGAGCCGGGCUAUGCGCUCUUCUCGGCCUUUGGUUCCUUUUAUCUUCCGCUCACAAUUAUUCUCGUCAUGUACUUUAGGGUUUACGUCGUGGCCAAAAGGGAGGGCAAAGUUUUAAACUCUGGGAUGAAAUGUGAGAAAUCGGACUCUGAGGAGGUGACGUUGAGGAUUCACCGGAAGAGCACCCCUGAUAGCCUCAGUUCCAACUCCAGUACGAAGAACAAAACCCACUUCUCUGUACGACUCCUUAAAUUUUCCAGGGAAAAGAAAGCUGCAAAGACUCUGGGGAUAGUCGUGGGAUGUUUUGUCCUGUGCUGGCUUCCUUUUUUUCUUGCUAUGCCUAUAGGUUCUCUUUACCCUCCGGCCAAACCUUCGGUCACCAUUUUCAAAAUCACCUUCUGGUUGGGCUAUUUUAACAGCUGCAUCAACCCCGUCAUCUACCCGUGUUCCAGCCGAGAGUUCCGGAAGGCCUUCCAGAACAUUCUGCACGCCCGCUGCUCGCAUCGGAGGCAGGCCUCCAGCAAGUACUACUCGGGGUACAUCCUGAGCAGCCCGGUCCACCGCAGCCCGGACGAGCACAGAGACGUGGUGAGGAUCCCGGUGGGUUCCGGCGAGAACUUCUACAAGAUCACCAAGUCCGACGGCGUCUGCGAAUGGAAGUACUUUUCCCCGGUCCCCAGCCCGCCCUCCCCUUACGGCGGGCCGAAGGACUUUACGAACUGUUCCACGGCCAGGGUGAGCAGCAAGUCGAUUUUGCGGGCCUGCUGUUGCAUCGGCGCGGAGCCGACGCCGGCGGCGCGCACUCACUACAACGUCCCCACUAUUAAAAUACAUACGAUCUCCGUGAGUGACAACGGGGAACCCGUCUAGGGUUGGAGGGCGGGGACGAGGUGUGUGUAGAGACGUUGGGUUUAGUAUGGUGCAUGCCGAGUGGAAGUCACAUGACCGUACUUCACCGACCUGCCUGUGCAACCUCCCACCACCAGCACCAUUUACAUUCCAUUUUUUGAUCUGAGCCUCGUUUUUAAUUGCUUGUUUACUGACUGAAAAGCCGAAGAACGUGUGGAACCUCAACCGGCGACUUAUGCUGCUAUCCCGGCACCUUGGAUGCGGAUGCAUGACAUGGAAAUCUCCGCGGUGCUAUGUAAAUGCAAAAAUAAAAUGAAAAGGAAGUGGAAUUUAUAAAUGGAA